UUACUUCUACUUUCUCUAAAUAUUUGUUACUCUAGUAUUAUUCAGAUACCUGUAGCAUGGAUUGACGCUCAUUGUAGUACUAUGGACUUGUAUGACAACAUGCUAUGUGUUAUCCUAAAGUGAACUAUUUUCUGUCUUACCCCAUUAAGAAAUAAGACACAACUUUCAUUCAAAGGACCGUCAUGAGGCAUUGCAAUCCCUACUGGAGCUUACUACUCAUUCUAUGGACUUUAACUAUUGUUGCUGAUGCUGCAGGAUCUACAAGCACUUCCGACAGAGGACUUGGGAAGAUCCAGAGGAGAGACAAAACUGGUGGAGGAGCAGAGAAGAGAAGAAGGUUGCACAGGAUCCAACACGGACAGUGCAGUUACACGUUCGUGCUGCCGGAGUUGGAAAGUUGUCAGGGGAGAGGACAGGUCCCUGAGGUCGGACCAGGAGCCAGUGUGGUCCAACGAGACUCCCCAACGACUCAGGACUCUGAUUGGUCCACACAGAAGAUACAGCGGCUGGAGAGCACCAUGGAGAACAAUACACAGUGGUUGCAAAAGUUAGAAAACGUCAUCCAGAGCAGUUUAAAGCCAGACAUCUCAAACAUCCAGUCUCACUCUGUUAACAACCAAACGGCGGUCAUGUUGGAAAUCGGCACAAACCUCCUCACGCACACCGCUGAGCAAACCAGGAAGCUCAACGUGGUAGAAGCCAAGGUUCUGAACCACACAUCUCGAAUAGAAAUCCAACUCCUGGAGAACUCUCUGUCCACAAACAAGUUGGAAAAGGAGCUGUUACUGCAGACCACAGAGAUCAGCCAGCUCAGGGACAAGAACAGUCGUCUGGAGAGCAAGGUGGCACUGUUGGAGUCCCAGCAGAGAGGAGAGCUGGAGGACAUGAGGCAGGAGAAGAACAGACUGCAGUCUGUUGUACGCUCUCAGAUGGCAGCGAUCGAGGCCUUGGAGAGACAGCUACGAGUGGCCAGCACCAACAACUCAGCUCUGCAGAGACAACAGGCCCAGCUCAUGGAGUCUGUGCAUACACUCAUCAACAUGGUCACCAGCACUGCAUCGCCCCCUGUCAGAAGCCAUGUAUGGAGAGACUGUGCAGAUGUUUACAGAGCAGGACACUCCAUCAGCGGACUGUACCACAUCUAUAUCAGUAACAGGACACAGCCAGUACAAGUGUUCUGUGACAUGGAUAGGGCUGGUGGGGGUUGGACAGUGUUCCAGAGGAGGAGUAAUGGCAGCGUGGACUUCCAGAGGAGCUGGAGGGAGUACAAGAUGGGUUUUGGAGAGCUGUUGGGGGAGCACUGGCUGGGUAAUGAGGUCCUGCACCAGCUGACCUCACAGGGGCAGUACAGCCUCAGAGUGGAGCUACAGGACUGGGAGGGGAACACUGGGUACUCCCAGUAUGACCGCUUCACACUGGCCAGCGAGAGGCAGCAGUACAGGUUGUACCUGCGGGGCUACAGUGGCACAGCAGGCAGACAGAGCAGUCUGGCCCCACACGGGAUGGGCUUCAGCACCAGAGACCAGGACAACGACAACUGUGACCACUGCAAAUGUGCUCUCAUGCUCACGGGAGGUUGGUGGUUCGACGCCUGUGGAUUCUCCAACCUGAACGGAAUCUAUUACUCCAUUGGCCACAACAUCCGCAAACUCAACGGGAUCAAGUGGCACCAUUUUAGAGGGCCCAGCUACUCCCUGAGGUCCACCGCCAUGAUGGUCCGGCCGUAUGACUUUUAAUGCUUUCACUGAAUCUAAAAAACAACACACAGUGGUACAGCCAGGGUAAAAACAAGACAAGCUUAACAGCAACCCCUUUUAAUGUGAUCCAGGAGUGUAUUUAUAUAUAACCAACAUUCUGCAAACUAUCUGGAUAAUAAUAUGGGAAUAGUGAGCUUGUCAAAAUGGUACUUGAACUUUGAAGCGAGGAAA